UUCUGCACACCAAAAUUAAACAAAGCAUUUCCUUUUCUGUAAUCACUUCUUGUGUAACCCUAGAAAGAAAAAAAAAACCCAGAUUUUGUUUUCUCACAUGGACCCCCAACAUUUGAAGAAUUUCAAAUUUUAAAUUCAAUGUUUUCUGGGGAUCUCAACUUUCACACAGAGAAGUAGAAGUAGAAGUAGAAGCAGUAGCAGCAGCAGAAGUAGGAAUUAUUGGUGUUCUCACCAUGGGUGAUUCAGCUUGUAUCAUGCAAACAUUCUCUUCUGAAACUCACCAUGAUACUAAAGAGAGAGUUGCGAGUUUUUGACUUCGGAUGUGAUAAUUUUGCCUCAGGGGAACCCAAUGCGUGCUCUCGGAGAAUCAAUCUCGUUUGGGAGAUAUAUGACGGAGCCUCUAGAUUGGGAGAGAUGGUCUUCUUUUAACAAUAAUAGGCACUUAGAGGAAGUUGAGAAGUAUUCUAGACCGGGGUCUGUUGCUCAAAAGAAGGCUUAUUUUGAAGCACAUUACAAGGCAAUUGCUGAAAGGAAGGCUGCAGCAGCAGCUGCUGCCGCAGAGGAGGCGGCUUCUUUGGCUGCCAAUAAAGAUGUCCUUGAACCGGAGGAACAAAGCAGUGGGAUGAGUGGUGGUGGUGAUAUGGAUCCGGAGCUAGAUGAAUUGUGUAAUGAUGUGGUUGUUGAUGAUGGAGAGGUGUUCAAUGCUGAUGUUGGGUGUGACGUUGAUGCUAAUGUAUGUAACUCUGGUUAUGAAAGUUGUAGCUUCGAGACAUCGAAAGUGGAAGAAGCGGAACCUGUAAUUAAAGAGGAGAUUCUUGUGGAGGAUUAUAAGCAGAUUGAGUCACCAAACCAGCAUGAAGAUGUGAAUACCAAGGGGAAUGAUAUCGGGGUAGAGAUUUGUAUAGUGAAGCAUAUUGAUAAGUCACCAUUAGAGGAGAGUAUCCCUGCCAUACAGGAGCUUUCAAAGUCGGCAACCGAAGGAAAACCAGCGGCUUCUCCAUUUUCCAGCAAAGCAUUGAAAAACCCAUCCUCAGCUGCCAGACCCAACACUCCUGUUAACGCUCAGAGUCCCAGCACUUCUUCCUACUCGAGGAGACCAAGCAAUCCUGUUCUCCCCCAGAGACCAAGCACUCCUGGUCAACGUCUGAGACCAAGCACUCCUGUUCAACGUCCGAGACCAAUUGCUCCUGUGCAACAUCUCAGACCAACCACUCCAGUUCAAUCUCGCAGACCAAGCACUCCUGUUCAAUCUCGCAAGCCAAGCAUUCCCAUUCAACCUCUGAGAUCAAGCACUCCCGUUCAAUCUCGCAAGCCAAGCAUUCCCGUUCAACCUCUGAGACCAAGCACUCCCGUUCAAUCUCGUAAACCAAGCAUUCCCGUUCAACCUCUAAGACCAAGCACUCCCGUUCAAUCUCGCAAACCAAGCAUUCCCGUUCAACCUCUGAGACCAAGCACUCCUGUUCAACGUCUGGCUCCUGGUCAACCUAUGAGACCAAAUGCUCCUGUUCAACCUCGCAGACCAAGCACUCCUGUUCAACCCCGAAGGCCAAGCACUCCUGUUCAACCCCGAAGACCAAGCACUCCUGUUCAAUCUAAAAGGGAAAACAAUGCCACUCCAAACAGUAAGAAUUCUGCAAGAGAUGCCAUGGAUAAAAAUAUAUCAACUCCAAAAUCACUUCAUAUGUCAAUCAAUUUUACACCUUCCCCAAGUCGUUCUGGUGAAAUCAGUAAACUGUCUUCGCCCAUUCUUUACAAGAAUCGAGACUCCAGAGUUGCUUCAAUUCCGAAUAACACAUCCAAGAACUGCUCGACUCCUCUCAGACCUCCAUCUAGGGCCUCUGCGAGCGUGAAUGGAGUUCCGAAACCUCGUCCAGUAACACCUCAAUUUGGGAGUAAAAGGUCCCAAGUGCCACCCCUUGGAAACACAGCUCCUGCGAGCAGAAAAUUGGAUGUGAAUUGUCGAUCCGUCUCGAUAAAGUCUAAAGCACCGCUUGGGAACAAAGCUCCUGCAAGCAGAAAACUGGAUGUGAAAUGGCAAUCUCUCACUAUAGAGUCUAAAACACCCACAUCCCCUGCAAGCACCAAAAUAGAUGUGAAAUGUCAAUCCCUUUGUAUAGAGCAUCCAAGUUCUUCAAGUUCUUCGAGUUCAUCCAGGAAUAAAGCUUGGUCCCCUGUUGCCUCCUCUUCCUUUAACUUCAGGACUGAUGAAAGAGCUGCAAAACGGAAGGAGUACUUUCAGAAGCUUGAAGAGAAAUUCAAUGCCAAGGAGGCACAGAAAAUGCAGCUUGAAGCCAAGUCUAAGGAAAAAGAUGACAACGAAGUUAGAAAACUGCGGCAAAGCCUCAGUUUCAAGGCCAAACCCAUGCCGAAUUUCAGACAGGAUCAGCAAAGAGUUCUCAGAACCUGGAAUUUUGGUGCAUAAGGGUUUUUCAGAAAGGCGAUCAAAAGAAAUUCAAAAGUAUAAAGGCCAUUGAUUGUAAUUGGUGUUUGCUGAAGACAAAUUGAAAUCAAGAGCCAAUUGCAUUCAUUGGAACAGCAUUCAUGUUCAUAGAGACGAUGUUACUUUGAGAUUAGUGUAAAAUUCAAAGUCCCCCUGUUAGAUAACAAAGGAUUGUAAUCCUUACAUGAACAUUGGCGUCUGCAUGUUAAAUAAUAUGUUCUAAUAUUAACUAAAUCCUGUAGUCCCUCUGUUAGAUAGCCAAUUAUGUUUUGUAAUCGUCCCGUGGUAAAUUAACUGAGUACUUUAAUCCCA